AUGGGCGAUCGGCAGCGCGUACACGAACCCAGCAAAGCGGAGACGAGAACCUUAUACGGGGGACUUAUCCUACUUCUGAUAUUUGGCUCAAGUCCCUCAGUUUCGCAAUUAUUUUCGGUGGACAGCAGUGGUUUGGGCUUAUCCCUGAUGGAAUCGGUGGCUAUAGCUUUGAAUGAAUCCAGUUUGGCUUUGGCCAACAAUUCCGCUUGGCCAGUGCAACACAAACCACCGGAAGAUCCCCUGCAGAUCGAGAAUUAUGAUUAUGUAAUUGUGGGAGCAGGAAGUGCUGGUUCCAUAGUCGCCAGUCGAUUGAGCGAUUUGUGCCAUGUGAAGGUUCUCUUAUUGGAGGAGGGAGAACUGCCUCCUCUGGAAUCGGAAAUCUUUUCGCUAAGUGGUGCACUUCAUCACGAUAAGAGGUACAUAUUCCUCGAGGAAGCGGAAUUCAAUCCGAAAUGCUGCCGGGCGAUGGAGAGGAAUCACGGUUGUGUUUGGUGGCAUGGACGCAUGAUGGGCGGCGGUGGAGCUAUCAAUGGAAAUAUCUAUAUACCCGGCAGUCCAGAGAGCUUCAGGAAAUGGAAUACAACCGGUUGGGAUUGGACCCAAGUGCAGAUGGCCUACAAUCGCCUCCAAAGAAGGCUAAAUCUAUCCUACCUUCAAGCGAACAAUCUAAACAUGAACUUGGCCAACCUCAUAUAUUCUGGAUCCUCGGAACUGGGUGUUCCUCGGAUGAAACAACCUCUGAUAGCUGGUGCCACCUUCGGUUACACCCAUCAUGUUCCUGUAACCAUAAACCAAGGUCGGAGAGCCAGCAGUGCUCGUUUGUAUUUGGCCAAUGAUCAAGUGAAUAGAAGAAAGAACUUGAAAGUUAUAAGAGGAGCUCAAGUUCAAAAGGUCCUAUUAAAUCCAGAAGGAAAUGAAGCAGUUGGAGUGACUUAUAACCUAAAUAAUGUAGAACACACAGUGAAAACCUCAGGAGAAGUGAUCCUAAGUGCAGGAACCCUGAACUCCGCCAAGUUGCUUUUGCUUUCAGGAAUUGGUCCCCAAGAAGAGCUUCAAAAGUGGAGCAUACCCAUUAAACAGGAUCUGCCAGUCGGUCAUAAUCUACAGGAUCACGGAAUGCUGCCUUUGUUCCUGAUUUUCACUUCCAAUUGCGCAGUAAAUAGCACUCGAGAUCCCACAGAUAAUCCCUAUGCUCCUGUUUCUGUUGCAAGAUAUCUUCUGGAAAGCCAAAAGGGUCCUUUGGCUCGUGGUUUCUACAUGAUGGGUUAUAUCAACUCCAGUUCACCGACUUCCGGCCAAGGUGAACCCGAUCUCCACGUGGUGGCCCACACACUUUUGCCAAAAGGAAGUACUGGUAGCUUCGAUUAUUUGGGUUUUCGAAAAGAAUUAAUUCAGGCUCAAAAUGAUGUUCUACAAAAAUGGGAUAUGCUGCAAAUCAUGGGUUCUCUAAUGCAACCCUUAUCGCGGGGAAGAGUCUCGCUUUCGAGCAAAAAAUCAUCUGAUCAAGUCAAAAUCGAAAAUCAUUAUGGCGAAGCUCUGGAGGAUCAGCAAACGCUACUUCGCUACGUGAGAUAUAUCCAAAGGCUAACUAAAACCCGAUCUUUUCGGCGAUGUGGAAUACGUUUUUGGUUGCCACCUCUCGAUGAAUGCGAUAUACUAACUCCCGAUUCCGAUGCUUAUUGGCUUUGUUAUAUCCGAUACUUUUAUGUGGGUGCCUGGCAUUCGGUGGGCACUUGUCGCAUGGCUCCAAAAAAGGGAGGAAAUUCCCAGAACAAAGGAGGAGUUGUGGAUGAAAGGUUAAGAGUUCAUGGAGUGAGGAAUCUUCGAGUGGUGGAUGCCAGUAUUAUGCCGGAACUACCAGCGGGUAAUACAAAUGGACCUGCCAUGAUGAUCGGGGAAAAAGGCGCCCAAAUGAUCAUUGAAGAUCGAAAGGAUGACAAUGAGGUGGUCAAGGAAUGCUGAACUAUUAAAAGAUAUUUUCAAAGAUAUGUACUUAAUACCUGAUAAACAACAGUGAUAUUUUAUAUGCAAAUACGAAAAUUUGAUUGUUUUACUGUUUGGUUAUCUUCAACAAAGUCUAGUUAUUGCAUUAAGAAUUCAUCUUUGGAAAAAUUCCCAUAAAUACUUUCAAUAACCGAAAGUAAAGUUCAAGGUCUAUGCAGCUUUUAAGCCAAUUGCAAAUUCGCAAUUAAACCAACAAUUGCCCAUGUAAACAAGCAUUUUUUAAUUGCUUCAAUAAGAACUCUCUUACUUUUUGAUAUACAUAUGUAUGCAUA